AUGGCUGCAGAGGCUGUGUCUGAAAACACAGAAAGUCCUAUAUUAGAGAUUCCCAAGCAAGAUUUUUUUCAAGAGGCAAAAACUCUCAUUGCCCAACAUUAUGAGAAGAUAAAUGAGAAUAAAGUUCAAGGUACUGCUAUAAAUGUCUUUAGAAAUAAACAUCAAAAGCCGAAAUCUAGCAAGUUCAUACCUUUGGAGAUUAAAAAAAGAGAAACACUUGAUGUGGUCCAAGAACUUCAGGCAGCGCACAAAAAGAUUUGUUUUCUUAAAGACCAUUCCAAAAGUGGGCAUUCUCAGGAGCCCCUACAACGAACUUCUUUCAAGGAACCACACAUUUUUAACAUUAAAAAAAACCACAGGGAGUCUCUAGACUUAAUUGUGAAAGAACAAGUUAAACUGGGUAAAGUAGUGACUGAUAUUGAAUCAGUAAGUAAAAAAAUGGAGAAAGAAAAGCAGCAGCACCAUGGAAAGUCCAGAAAUCAGCUGAUAAUCUUAUGGGGGUUCCCUUAAUAAUAAACCCAUAUGUACCUAUUACCUGGCUUCAAUAACUAUGAACUCCUGACCAGACCUGACUAUGCAUUCUAUGAUUGGAGAGGAGUUGUGCUGAGAAGAUUUUCCCAUUUGGCUCCUGACCCGGGUUGGCCUGCUUUCUCUAGAUCAUCAUCAGUAUUUCAGGAUUAUUAUUCGUUAACCACUAAAACCUUUACGAAAAAAGAGCCACAGUAUGUCAAGCCAGAAUCAAAACCACAACCCAGCCUAAAACCUAUUCUAAGUAAAAGUGAUAAACUUGACAAUAAAGUUAAAAGAAUUGGACCACACAUAGAAAUCUUUCAAGUGUUCCGGGGAAGGAAAAAAAUCGCAAUUACCAAAAACAUAGUUAGAAUGGUCACCAUCAUGCAGGCGCAUGUCCGAGGGUGGCUCGAACGCAAAAGAUUCCAAAGAAUAAUGAUCAAGGCCUUGUGUCAUGGACCAGAUUUGAGAGCAGUUAUAAACAAGUAUUGCAAACUAAUCUAUCGUAUCAAAUAUCGACUUGGUCUUUGGAGGACAAGGCAAAUUAUAAACCUUGCAGAGCUAGAGGAAUGGAUGGACAGAAAAAAAUUCUAUGAAACAAUGUUUGCCAAAAGAGAAGAUUGGCAAGGAUUAGACAGAAGUGAGGUCCUUAAAUACUUCAAUGACUGUGGUCAUUUCCCAACCCAUCAGCAAAUUGAUGAAGUUUGGGAUCUGGUCCUUAGAGAAGACCAUCAAAAACACUCUAAUAUUAUCACCAAGUCCAAAGCAAUUGAAAUGCUGUUUACACUUUACCCUCCUCAAGGUGCCCAUGUGCAGAAUAAUAUGUGGCUUAGGUCAACUUGGCUAAAACCCAUAGUCAAUGGGGAAGAAGGCUAUAAAUAUAUAGUAAAUGGACAUCCAAUACUCAAAAGAGCUAACAUCCGGAUUGUUGGAAAGUUAGUGGCCAGAUCUAUGAGAGAAAGGAAAAUGAGACAACUUUAUUUAUCAUGAGAAGUAAAAUAA